AUGAUUACGUUCAGUACAAGUAUUCUUCUAAUUUUCGCGUUCUCCCAUCAAUCGAUUGGAUGGGAAGUGGUACUGGACGAACCUUCUCAAAAUAGAUUUCACUGGUCAUAUGCCAAGCCUAAUGAUUGGUCAAAUGGUUUUCCCCAGUGUAGUGGUACACAGCAGUCACCAAUCGAUCUCAACGUGGUCUAUAACAAUUGUUUAACAACUUACAAGACACACGAUGAUCCGAUUAUAUUUUCGCCUGGGUAUCAGAAAUGGCUUUCGUUUGUCUUGACUAAUGAUGGGCAUAGUGUGGUUGGAACACCUGCCAAUGCAAGUGACGGCCCAGACCUCUAUAUUCAUGGCAACGGUCUAAAUGAUGUUUACCAUUUUAACAAUUUUCAUGUGCAUUGGCCUGCGGAACAUUUCUCUCAGGAGAACAUGGUCGAAGUACAUUUUGUCCAUCAGAAUGAGAAAACAAAGAAAAUUGUUGUGUUAGCCUAUUACCUGAAAAUUUCACGUAAUCCAAAUCCAUUUUGGGCGUUAUAUGUUGUAAAAGCGGUGAAAUUAAAAGCGGCAGGUCAAAAAAUCACAUAUGCGACGGUAUUAGCUCGAAUGAUGAACGGUAAUCAAACGAAAUAUUUUCAAUAUCCCGUUAAUGCGAGAAAAAUUGAACGAAGUUUCUUGCCAGGUUGGGAACCAUAA